AUGGAGGAGCCAGCUGACGGCCAUGACGAAAAUAUGCAUUCAUCGAGCCAAGUUGCGGUUGCAGCUGUUGAUUUGAGUUCUACCGAAGGUUCAGAAGUCGAUAUUUUGGACGUAUCGAUUCAAAACAUGUCAAUCCAUGGUAAGUUUUUAUUUAAUACCUUUCUAGUUACUCUGUUUUCUUACUUUACUGGGGUUUUAUUUUUACUAUUAUUUAAAUACUUUAUUUAAAUAUAGAAGACUUCUUGACUCUCCCUAAGAAAACAUAUAUAACGGCAUGCUCAUAGCAAGUUUAUUAUAAAGUCUAAGAGUUUUGUUCCACAAUUUUCCACAACAACAAUAUUAGACAAAGUGACAAACAAUCUAUUUUAUAUGUUAAUCAGUAUAAUUUUAUAGUGUCUACAACCCUGGGGCAGGGGGGAUGUUGCUGGGGUAUGGAAAUGUUGCCUACUAAAGGCUUGUUCAUAUGAGCCCAGCAAAUGAGAAACUUGCCUGAGUGAGAUCUGUAUGCCCUUGCAUGGAUGGAGAAAAUUUAUCAUUUUAUCUUAAAUUCCUCCUUUGUCAGAAGGUGUAUGUAUACACUAUACAAAUAAUUUAACAAUGUUUGAUGAAUUUCUGCCACAAAAGUGCCAUUUGACUUAAAAUCACCAGUUUCAUCGACUAAUAUUCAAAGCUGCACAAGUAAGCAGAAAAACAUAACUUUUGUUAACACAUUCAUCAUAUGUGACGACAAAGAACCAGGUAUGUCAUUUUACAUGGGGGGGGGGGGGUACUUACCCCACCCUGUAAUAUUACUGGAAAUGAUGUAACAUCAUUGAUGUUAUUUUUUCACAGAUUCCCCAACAGAAGAUAACGAGCCUGAAGCAUUGAUGCCUUGUGCCUCUAGCACACCCAAAAAGAACAAGAAACACCAAAUCAGUCCUUAA